AUGAUCGGCCUCACUAUUCUCACAUCUGACUCUAGCAGCUACCCCCCCUCCCCCUCCAACUCCUCCACCCCGACUUCCCUUUCCCUCCCCUUCCCUACGCUAUCCGAUGACCUCAAGAAGCUGAUCAUCUACAUGGCCGACCUCCCCACCUUACUUUCCCUCAUCCGCGUCUCACACGCCUCCAACAACACCGCAACCCCCUACAUCUGGCGGACCCUGAACCUCUUCGUCCAAUCGGAGCUCGGUCGGCGUCGGUAUCCGCACCGUAAUGAGAUCUGGGGGACGCUUUCCAUCCGAGACCGUACUCGGGACCCUGCCUACGUCAAUCUCAUCCGGGCAAAGUGCGUCGGCAUCGUGGAUGCGGCAAGCACGGAACGGUGGAAGAUGGUCCGGUCCAUCCUCCUCAUCCCCAUGCCAGGCGCGCUGCAGACAAUCGUAUAUAUCCUAGAGAGGUGCCCGGAGACUCUCGAGUCGCUGGAGCCCUUCAUACCCAGGCGCUGGGGAAUGCGCUUCGCUCUACACCCAGAGUGGCUGGAGAUCCACCUCCGCGCGUGCAGUCUCGACCUCCACUUUCCGGCUCUCACCCACGUCCGCAUCGGAAAAGGUACCGUCCACCAGGCCGGCUUCCUGCGCUUUCUCUUUGCCAUCGCACCCAACAUCAUACAUCUCGACGCCGAACUCCACAACUUUGAUGAUCCGGAGGAGGUUGAGCUGAUGAGCAAGAGAAAGCGAAUGGGAUCCGUCCCAGGAGGCAGCUCUCAACACAUCCUCGACCUCGUCCGCCAGUCCUCCGACCUCAACCAACACUCGUUCGGUUACGAGUAUUAUGUCGGGCUGAUUGAUCUUCACGCGUGCCUCCCUGCUCUGGAAGAGCUAUAUCUCGACAGCUGGACGGGAGGUAGCCUGCGCCAGAACCACUGCGAAUACCUCGACCCAUCAUCCAGCGCAAUCCCUUCCACCCUCUCUACUCUCCUCAGGAACUACCCUAAGCUCCGCCUCAUCCACUAUCUCUCGCGGGAGCACAUCGACUCUCUCUUCCGUGCCGACAUGUCUUCGUCGUUCGACUAUCGCACGUACACUGGCGGUCUCGCCGCUAUACACGCUCGAUCUUACGUCCACGGCGGGGACGGGCGCGAGCUGCUCCGUGCCCAGAUCAUGGAGCAGGACAUCGACGAUCCCACUCUAUCAUGGCACGAUGAUGAGACCGGAGUGCUGGAUAUGACUCAGAAGCGGAUCUUGUCCACCGGGACGAGCUUUGACGAUGUCCCGUACAAGGCUCAGCGGGUUGGCGAGCCGGUCAGGCGGGGCUAUGUCGAAUUUGAGGGAGAGGUGGUCCCGCUGGCGGUACUGAGGGAGAUGUUGGAUUUGGAGAGGCGGGAAGGGAUUGAUGAGGUGGGGCGAGGGAAGGCGAUCGGUGCGAAGGGGUGGGCGGUUUUGAUGGCAUGGCAGGCGGGGCUGGCGGUGUGA